AUGAGCAUCGCUCUGCCGUACCGCGACAUCAAUGUCCACUCGUCGCCCUCGCACUACGCCUUCUCCUCCCCAUCCUCGCCCUCGGCCCCUACACUGGUAGUCGACCGUCCGUCAGGUGACAUUCGCCUUCACGAUGGCAAGCUGCUGGGCUCCAAGAGGGUGUCGAGCAUUGCAGGCAUCCUCGGCAUGAUCAAGCUGCGACUAGACAAGUACAUCAUCGUUAUUACCAAGGCUCAGCCCAUGGGCAGGAUAAAGGGCCACAUGAUCUAUAGAGUCGUCUCCACAGAGUUCUUGUCUCUACGCGAGAAGCCGUUGCACGACGCCGACGAGGACAACUACCUUGGCCUCCUUAAGACGCUCAUCAAGACGUCGCCGCUGUACUUCUCCUACUCCUUCGACAUCACCAACACCUUCCAGCGCCAAGCCCACCUCGACCCCUCCACGCCCCUGUGGAAGCGCGCAGACGACCGCUUCUACUGGAAUCGCUUCGUAUCCAGCGACCUUAUCGACUUCCGCGGAGGACUCAGCGGCGGAUAUGGCAGACACUCGAGCGGACACCAGCCCGGCGCAGACCCCUACAUCCUGCCCGUCAUGUACGGAAUGUUGGAGAUUAAGAAUACGUCUAUCAAGGGCACGCCACUUACCUUUAUCCUCAUCACCCGCCGAUCGCGCCUCAAGGCUGGAACAAGGUACUUCUCCCGUGGUAUCGACGAGAACGGCAACGUAUCCAAUUUCAACGAAACGGAGCAGACCAUUAUCCUCAACGACAAUGCCUCAGGCGGCCCCGGCGGCUUCGGGUCAAACCAAAAUGGAGCAGCAGGUGGAAGUGCGGGCAACGAGACACAGGUGCUCGCAUAUGUUCAGACAAGAGGAAGUGUACCCGUAUACUGGGCCGAGAUCAACACCCUAAAAUACACGCCCAAGCUGCAAGUUCGCGGCAUCGACAACGCCCUACCAGCCGCAAAAAAGCAUUUCGCCGAGCAAAUCCGACUAUACGGCGACAACUGGAUGGUCAACCUCGUCAACCAAAAAGGCCGCGAGCAGCGCGUCAAAGAAGCCUACGAACAAAUGGUGAACCUGCUGCAUACGUCGCCAUCGGAAAAUGUUGAAGGCGACAAGAUCACCUCUGAGAAAUUCCACAUCAUCGACCCGGCCAAAGCGCAAACCAUAUACGACCGUCUCCACUACGUCUACUUUGACUUUCACAACGAAACAAAGGGCCUCCGCUGGGAUCGUGCCAAGCUUCUCUUGGAUCAGCUAGAACCGCACAUCCUCAAGCACGGAUACUUUUGCGGCGUCGACAUGCCCGGUGACGGCAGCGGCGUCGAAGUGCGAAGACACCAGACGGCAGUUGUGAGGACGAAUUGCAUGGAUUGUCUUGACCGGACCAAUGUUGUUCAAAGCAUGCUGGGCCGUUUCGUCCUGUCUCGCAUGCUCAUUGACCUCGGUCUCAUGCGCGAAGGCGAGUCGGCAGAAGAAGACAAGGCGUUUGAACACCUUUUCCGCAACGUCUGGGCCGACAACGCGGAUGUUGUCAGUAAGAGUUAUUCCGGUACCGGGGCCCUCAAGACGGAUUUCACACGUCUGGGUGUUCGAACCAAAGCGGGUGCACUUCAAGAUCUCAACAACAGUAUCACGCGAUACUGUCUCAACAACUUUGCCGAUGGACCGAGGCAGGAUGGAUUCGAUCUUUUUCUAGGGAACUAUUUGCCGAGCGAUGGCGUUGGUAGUGGGCAGUUGCUGUUUGCGGAUCGGAGACCUUUGUUCAUCCAGUCGAUACCCUACAUCCUGGCCGCAGCCAUCUUUUUCAUCCUCGUUGGAAGCUUGACACGGAGAGCACCUGACGCUACGGUUUGGCCGUUGAGGCUGCUACUUCUCAUCUCCCUGGUGACAGCUGGGAUAUGCGCAAACUUCAUCUGGGGUCAUGGCACACUAUACGUCAACUGGCCCAAGCUCAACCGCCAACCCCCUCAGAUCGAAGCCUUCCAGGAGACACUUCAAAAGGUCAGAAACAAUCCUGUCGUAGGACCGCUUGUGGGAGGUUCAACAAAACAUGAGAGGGGCAAGAGUGAUGCAAGACUGUUGGGACUCGAGGAGGGCAAGAAGAGGAUUGAAUGA